AUGCCUUUUUCAAAAGAAACAACAGUUUUAACAGGGUCUGAAGUCAUUACUCAUGUUGCCUCAUUUGUUAUGGCGCAUUUCUAAAGGCUUGGGCUCCAAUAUCAUUCCCAGAGGCCGCGUUUCCCUUGACCAUAGGAUGGGGCGAUAUUGCUUGGGUUUUCUUCAUACCACGCGAGUUGAAAACCGAUUUUUUGGGGACUUCACAUGGUAGCGCCGUCGAAGGGAGAAAUUUUCGAGGACGCGCGCACGCACGAGGUGUUCCCCUGGUGCGCUCUAUAUAAACUAAGCAAAACAAAAAAAGAACUGGUGCCUGCUUUGCAGGCUCGACUUCACGCUAAAAUUGGUCUUCUCAUGCGGAAGAAUAACUGCUGGUGUGUUCUUAGAAGGCCAGGCGCAUACCUUCGCCUAUGUCCACCCUUUAGACUGCACAAGAAUCUAAGUAAACUUAAGGAGAACUUAAAUAAUGACUGGAACUGAAUGAAGGAACUACGGGCAAAAAGUGCAGUGAUAAUGAAUUCCUAUACGUGUGGGUUAUGCAAGGCAUAUCCAGCCUAAUUGAGCCAAAGAAGGAGCAGUUUCUCAAAUUUCUUUCAUGUUUAUUAUGCAGCAUGGGAGCUCACUACAGAAAAGGAAAUGAUCCAACAACACAGCAAGACUUCGAGAUUAAACGCAUCAUAAUGCACGAACACUACAAGAAACCAUUUGGCAUGAGCAACGACAUCGCUUUGUUAAAACUUAGCACACCAGCUAAGCUUAACAAACGCGUCGGCCUGGCGUGUUUACCAGACAAAUCCGUGGAUUUGCCAAUUAACGACAUAAACAAGAAAUGCUGGAUAACAGGUAUGAAAUGUUUUUUCAACCCCGUGCAACGUGAUGUUUCUGGAUAUCGUAUUAAAAAACUCCCCGUUUUACAUCCGAAAUCAUCUAUGCGCUUAAAUGUUACUGAUCCAGUUCAAGAAACAUUGAAACUGCUUCAAAGUGGCUGUCCAGUACUUUUUGUAAACAUUGCCGAGGGUGAUUACGCACUUAAAUAUUUCGUCCCACCAGAAACUCAUAAGUCCCACUUAGCUCAUGACUUAGCUGGCCUUGGGUCUCGGAGAUGCAUAAUGCAUCGUAUUCGUAUUUUCAACUUUCCUCUUAACAAUAUAUGUGAAGCUUUGCGUCUCGUGUUUGAUUAGUUACACAUGAAGUUAACGCUUAGCAACUGUCUUUCGCUGAAGAAAUAGCGGGUACUCUAUCUGGAACAUACAUUUCUCCAAGAAACAACGGGUUUCUUCUAUAAACACAGCCAUGACAUUUUUGUGGUAACUUCGUUUUCGAUUUUUCGAAAGUUUUUGUGGUAACUUCGUUUUCGAUUUUUCGAAAGUCAGUUUUUAUUCUGUAGAAUACUGAGAAGCAAACGGUACCAUGCAAACUUAACUCUAAAGAUCUUUCAAUUAAAUGCAAAAAGCACAGGAUUUGCCAAUUAUUAUGGGACUGAAAUGGUAAAAGCAGAAUUUUUGCAAUACCAAAAUAAGACAAUUUUGAUUUCAUUUGGCCCAACACGUUGUUUGGAAAUCUUAAAUAAUAAUAAUAACAUUUAUUUAUACCGCGCAAAUUCAACUAUACAGUUUUCAAAUGCGCCUUACAAUUAAAGAUCUAAAAAUAUACCGUAAAAAAAAAUUACAACAUUAAAUUACAACAUUAUAUCAGAAAAGGCUUUUUUAAAAAGGUGAGUCUUCAAAUCACGUUUAAAAACUUGAAAAUCGGAGGUGCAUCUAAGAUCUAACGGAAGAUUAUUCCACAGUUUUGGUGCGGCGGCUACAAAGGCUCGGUCACCCAGAGUAGGGAGGGUCCUAAAGUUAGGAUUUGAAAGCAGAUAUUUGUUAUUUGAUCUGAGGCUGUAGGAAGAAUUAGGUUUAAAAUUAACGAGAGAUGAUAAAUAAUUAGGAGCUGUUCCAUAGAUUGCUUUGUGAGUGAUUAUAAUAACCUUAAAUUCUAUUCUAACGUCACAGGCAGCCAGUGUAAUUCGUAUAAUAUUGGUGUGAUAUGGCAAAACCGUGGUGCUAGAUAUAGAACUCUUGCAGCUGCGUUUUGAACACGCACGCUGCAGUUUAGUGUGGGCGCAGUGGGGUAGUCCGUAUAAAAGUGAGUUACAAUAGUCUAAUCUGCUUGUGAUGAAAGCGUGCACUAAUUUCUCGACAGAUUCUAUGCUUAGAUAUUUUCUAACGCGUCUAAUAUUGUGUAGAUGAAAAAAAGCACUCCUACAAGUUUUGGUUAUGUUAAAAUUCAGGUUGAAAUUACAGUCAAACCAGGCCCCUAAGUUUCUAAGGGGUUCCGUGCUAGGAGAGAUGAUAGAUUCGCCAAUAGUUAGAGUGGAGCUUUUAGUUUUCUGUAGCUGCGCUUUCGUCCCAGUGAGCAUAAACUCAGUCUUGGAAUCAUUAAUCAUGGAUGUCACAGAGGCACGGAAUCAUUGAUCAUGGAUGUCACAGAGGCACGCUUCCAUUGCUGCAAUGGCGGCGUCUUGAUCGGAAUCAUCGUUUGGAUUGAAUGCCAAAUAGAUACCAGAUCCAGUCUCAGAUCAAGAGUUCAAUCUUGAACUCUACCCAAGGCUAAACGUUCUUUGCUUAGUGUAAACUGUACUAUACAUUUCAAGGUUGGGGAACACUGGCCUCGGGAGGCUCUUCAGCCAAGGAACUCAUGCAGGCCAAAGUACCGCUGGUAUCCAAAGAGCGCUGUCUCAAAAGCUAUCCCCGAAGGAUCCAUGAUUCCAUGCUGUGCGCAGGUCACGACGAGGGAGGAGUAGACACAUGUCAGGGUGACAGUGGGGGUCCCCUGGUGUGUAAGUAUGGAGGCAAAUGGCAUGUUGAAGGAGCCACAAGCUGGGGAUACAGAUGCGCUGCUAAAGGAUACUUUGGUGUCUACGCAAACGUCAGAUACUUGCUAGACUGGAUCAAUGAAAAUAUGGCCAAGUACUAA